AUGGGCACUUUUAGCCCGGAACCCAGUGGAGUGGUCCCAUGGCACCGUGCUGCCGUGGUGCCGUGGCGCGGCGAUGGGAGGGUAACCUCAGUCGCCAAGGUCAGGGUGAAGUGUCUGGAUCAGUUGCACGUGCAAACGUUCGAGGUUGGUGCCAGCGAGUCAGUAUCAGACCUCAAGACCGCUAUCGCUCGAAGUUUCUCGGUAAAGCCUCAGCUUCAGCAGCUGACCUUGGGCGAUCGGAUUCUGGAGGACCAUGAGGUGGCAGGGGAUGUCUUUGGCAGCGACAUCCUGGAAAAGGAAGGGUUUGUGGGACUCCGCGUGAUCGGACCAGCGAUCUCCUGCAGUCUCUGUGGCAUCUCCGGUUCCGUCGACUACUACGGAAAGUGCGGCCACUGCGGUGAGAGCGGUGGGUACACAUUUAGCUGCGAACAGUGUCAUCAUGGAUUUCCAAGUUCCUAUGCGAGGGAAGUGCACAUGAAGUUCGUCCACGGCCUUCGUACGCCAAAGUCAAGAAGCUUUCGGCCCUGUGCUCAGGAGACCUCGAAGUCGGAGAUCCAGAUCCUACCUGCUUCGCUGCUUCGAUGGAUGAUUAGCUGA